AUGCAUCUCGGCAACGGACGCGUUAUUGGCCCCACACCGCAGGAGACUCCUACAAUGUCAGUCAACAAAAUGCCGAGCGAGUCACCAGCCCAUCAUCGCCACGCGACACCGAAGCCCACCGUGACAGAGCAGCCGCAUGGGCGUAAGGAGGCGCCCCCGCAGGCGACACCUUUGCCCAACGUUACGCCAGGGGACAGUCCCUUCAUCACCUGGAACCAAUUGCAGUUCGUAAUGAGUGUGAUAAGAACUGUAUUAGGGGGAACCGGAGCAUCCAGCGAAACGCCUCCUAUACUACCUGAAGACGGCAGCACUAUGAUGGCCUUUCUGCUGCGCAUCGAGCGCCGGUACACCCAGAUGAGAUUGGAACCGCGCGAGUGGGGAAAUGCACUUAUAGACCACCUUGUGGGCCCGGCUGUAACGUAUUGGAUGUAUCUACGGAGAACUAUCGACCUAAGCGACUGGGCAACAGUACGGCGCAGGCUUUUGGAGCGGUUUCACAGGACAAUGUCGCAGAGUCAAUUGUUAAAGGAGUUGGCUAAAGUACGGUGGAAUGGUAACCCGAAGGAAUACACGGACCGGUUUGCGGCUGUAGCGGAGCAAGCGUUGGAUUUUGCCCCCGACAAACUCGCGAAGUAUUACUGCACCGGGCUACCGACAGACCUCCGCCUUUCAAUAACCAAUAACGGAAAAGUGAAAUAUCAGUCGUGGGAACAAGCGGCAACCGCCGCAACACGGUUCUACGAGGCCAAGCAAAGUGUGCUGGAACUCCGAGCAAGGAUCAAGCGAGCCAUUAGGGCGGCCGUCCAUGUUAGGGGACUUGCCGACGCUGCCUGGCCUCCUAUCCACGUUGCAGCAGGCAAUCCCACAGAGGAAUACGAAGUCGACUAUGUUAUGGACCAACGCGGCUCGGGAGAUGCAGCCCAGUACCUCGUGAAGUGGCGCGGGACACCUGAAGAUCAAGCCACAUGGGAGCCAGCUCAUCACCUUACCGGCUGCCCGGCUUUGCUUCGCGCUUGGCGCCGCCGCCAACGAAAACGUCUUCAGGCUCGAAACAACAUUGGUCCUUCCGAGGCGUAG